CCUCCUCGGGCACCUGUUGGCCUGAGGGGCCGCUGGUGGCACCCAAUAGACAGCUUCCUUGAGUCGCCCGUGCCCCGCCCCUAAUGCAGAGCCACCAAUCCCCGCGUUGCCGCAGCCCCGCUGCUCCGCGGCCCCACCUUCCGCGCGCUUCUUCCGGGUGGGCUCGGGCGGGGGCCGAGGCCAUGGCUCUCUGGCCGCUGCUCAACUCUGGGAUGCUGGUGCGAACUGGGCACACCGUGCUGACCUGGGGAAUCACGCUGGUGCUCUUCCUGCACGACACCGAGCUGCGUCAAUGGGAAGAGCAAGGGGAACUGUUCCUGCCCCUCACUUUCCUGCUCCUGGUGCUGGGCUCGCUGCUGCUCUAUCUGGCUGUGUCACUCAUGGACCCCGGCUAUGUGACUGCUCAGCCCCAGCCUCAGGAGGAGCCGAAGGAGGAACAGACAGCCAUGGUUCCUCAGGCUAUCCCACUUCGACGCUGCAGAUACUGCCUGGUGCUGCAGCCCCUGCGUGCCCGACACUGUCGUGAGUGCCGCCGCUGUGUUCGUCGCUAUGAUCACCACUGUCCCUGGAUGGAGAACUGUGUGGGUCUGGUCUCCAGUUCUUCCAGCCCUGGGGGCUGUGGCUCCGAUCCACUGGGCUCCUGUUCACCACCUUCCUGCUACUCUCCUUCUUUGCAUUAGUGGUUAGCCUGCUCCUGGCCUCGCACCUCUACCUGGUAGCCAGGAACACUACUACGUGGGAGUUUAUAUCCUCACACCGAAUCGCCUACCUCCGCCAGCGCACCAGCAACCCCUUUGACCGAGGUCCGACUCGAAACCUGGCCCACUUUUUCUGUGGUUGGCCCUCUGGGCCCUGGGAGACCCUCUGGGCUGAGGAAGAGGAGGAAGGCAGCAGCCAGGUUGUCUAGGCUUGCUGGAGAGAAGGCUGUUACUAUGCCUAAAAGCCGGAGGCUGUGCCAGCUAGGGAUCAGCCUAGUCAGCCUAAGGCCUCUACUCCUUCCUAGGGCUUCCAGCCCUCACCAGAGAAGCAGAAAGAACCCCCAUGGCAUCCCCCUAAAGGAAGACAUAGAAGAAAAAGAAAUAAGUUGGGGGAAGUGUGUUCAAAAAGAACCUAGACACCACCACAACCCCUGGCCUGGCUACCUCGAGUGUACAGUUUUAUUAAUUUAAUACUCUAUAUGAAGUCAAGUAUUAAAAAGAGAAACCAA